GCAAACUUUGGAAUUACAUCCCUUACUAACUACCCCCUUGAAUGCCGAUUUUGAUGGUGACCAGAUAGGUUUAUACGUGCCUCUAACCCCCGAAGCUCGCCAAGAAAUUGAAAAAUACGCUUUGUCUAGCCAACAAAUUGUCGACCCCAAAAAUGGCUUAGUAAUUACCACUAUUUCUAAGGACAUGAUUCUAGGAAUUUAUCACUUAACCUGUGAAAAAAAAGCCCCCAAACUGUUUUUCUAUGAGGAUUGA